UUACAUUGUCCGAUUGCGCGCCGUAAACGUCGGUAACGAUGCGAGGAACGUUUUACAGACACUGGCCAAAAAUUCUACGCAGUGCAGCCAUGAACACUACAAUAAGUACUGUCAGUAGCGGUAGUGACAAACAUCUACCGGAAACGACUGUUCAGACUGUGGCACAAAACUUAACUACAAUGCAACAGAAUGUACAGAAUGUACAGAAUGUACAGAGCAUGGUACAGAGCAAUAUAUCGAACAUUCAACCGACUCAGACUAUUGUUGGUUCCAUGACACCCAGCGGUCUAGUAGGCAAAUCAGUAUCUCUGGACAUGAAUCCAAAAUUAUCUUUAAUGAAACCUGUGGUACCUUCUGGUACUACCUCAUCUACAGAAACGAGUAAAAUAACAACAACGUUAUGUUCUAUAGGAUCUACAGUAAAAAUAAUAUCACCAGGAAUGUUAAGUACUGUGGAAAGGCAAAUUCCACCUCAAACACAAUUACCACAUCCAGUAUCUAUACCAGCUACGUAUCAUGUACCGCGUGGACCUGCUGCAGUUGCUAAUAUCUCUGCACCUAGAUCGACAGUUGCCACUCCUAUCGUCAGGACAAAUAUAGGACAAAUUGUGCCUGCUACUAGACCAGGUAAUAAUACAUCAAUCUCUAAUCCCCAAUGGCAACCUAAAACAACAUCUGUUGCAUUAUAUGCGCAACCACAAAGACAUCCCACUCCUUCCGUCAGCAGAGUCUCCAGGCCAUCAUCCACUGUGUAUACGGGACAACAGCCGCGAUUAAUUACACCAGCCAGUCAAGCAAGAUCUGUUCAAGCUACCAUGGUUGCUGGUAGUUCGUCCAGGUUAAUAGCACCUGUCUUGCAAACUAAUCUUACUAGACAUCCAGUUGCACAAAACAGACCGCCAACGCCGCAAGUAGUAACUGUGUCACAGACUUCGCAACCCAUCAGAUCGUCGACACAAACCAUUCAACCUACUCAGUCUAGCAGACCUCUAACUACGACUGGUACGACGAAACGUAUAGCUGCAUCACCCAUUAUAGAGACAGUCAACAGAAUAAGCAGUACAGCUUCAGUUACUGUCGGUUCAGUGGAACCAACAGUAGGACGAUUGUCAAUUAGUGGUAAUACGGUGGCUGGACCAUCGACCGUUAGUCAUAUCGUUAUCCCUUCGCAACAGGUUCAACCACAGCAAGGUGCACCGCGUGUUGUUCAAACCGUCACAUCUCUGUCGAGCCUCAGUACUGUAUCACAAGUAAUUACAACAACCGCAAAUACACAGUCAAAUGCAAUGCGCAUAUUGCAAACAGUUCCAACCACAGUUGCGAAAAUCGCAGGAAUGUCCUUACACCCUUUGCCUAUCGCUCUACCGGUCAGGGCUGCGUCGGCGCCAAUCAAGGCUGCUCCUACACAGUCUCAAAAUAUUGGACAAACCGUCCAAGUGAAACCGGCACCACAGGCUAAUUUACGCAUGUCGUCCACCAACAGCAGUACAGUCACAAGUUCCACUCAGCCAGUCCAAGGGCAAUAUAUACAUUCACCACAUACUACUACGUAUCUUUCCUUUGAAACUACAGGAACGUAUUCACAGUUUCGACAAGCUUCAGUGCAGCCAGUAAGAUUAGUUGUUGAGCCAGGAUAUGAAGAACCCCAUGGUAAACCUAAUGCAUCUCCCCGACCGAGCAUUCUGAGAAAGAGAGAUCAUGACAAUUCACCAGUUAAAGGGGAGUCACAAUUUCUUGCAGGUGCAGCUAAAAAUUUAGUUCCUGUAUUAGCAUCUUUGCCAUCAAGUAGAUCAAUGUCCAGUCCGCCGUGCUCACCAAAGGGUGAUCAGGAUGGUGGUGGAUGCCAAAGUUCUGGAUCCACGACUGUAUCUGCUACAUCUUCGCCAGGUCUCGACGAGGAACUUGAGCAAUCCAGAAUUACUAUUAAUCCCACUAUAGAAAUGUCGCCGAGAAAAAAACCACGCAAACAGCAACUUACAGGCGUAGAAUUAAUUGAACCUAAAUUUACGGAGGAAGAGAUGCAAUUUCUCACUGAGGAAAAAUUGAAGAAGGAGAACAAAGAAGAAUCAAAAGAGAAGUUGUCCGACAAAAGGCAACUCUCCAAUGUACAAAGUGAUAUUAAAUCAUCUACUCAACAAACAGAAAUCACAAUAGCACGAUCACGGCCUGUACCAAGUCUAUUAGGCUCUUCUUGGAAAAACAAAUGGACAGUUAGAUUACAGCAUUAUAGAAGACCUAGCGAUGUCCGACCUCGUGAGGAAAGAAGACCAACAGUUGCUGAACUGGCGCAACAGAAAUACGUAUUACAGAGAUUAAAUGGAUGGAAAAUCUAUCAUCUCACUACACAAAUGGAAGAUAUCGCAUCCCUUGAAAAACAGGUUCAUGAAAAAUUAAAAACGACACUCACGCUACUGGAAUCACAGCAAACCGUUAAAAGUAAACAUAAUGAUGGUCUCGAACGCGUAAACGAACUGAUUAAAGGGAAUAUGCAGCGCAGUAAUUUAAUCAGUGAGGGCAUGAACGAAGCACGUACACAACUAGUUGCUAUAUUUCAACAUAAAGGCCCUAUUACUGAUCUUUUGCAACGCUGUGGUAACAAACGAGCACAGAAAAAGAGGGACAAAUGAGCAAUUGUGCUGAAUAAAUACGUAGAAUCUUUAUAAACGAACUUUGUUGAAGGAAAGUUCAAAA